UAUAAGCGCGAGCACACCGUGGAGGCUCAGAGAGAAACACCGCGUGAAGAAGGAGAUAAAAGAGCUUCCGUUGGACUAUACUGAGAAACCCGAGGAAACACCGCUGCUUUUUAAUAUCACUUUUACAACGUUAAAGCUACCUAAACUCACGAGAGCCAUGCUGACCCUCGGCCUCGUGCUGCUUUUAUCCGCAUCCGUCUUCUCAGAGUCGGUGAGGGAGACGGAGACCUGGAUGCCCAUGAAGACGACGCAGACAGCGGCCAUGUCGACGCACAUCGAGUCUUCGGGAGAUUCGCCCAACGGAUCAGACUUCGGAUUCACGGACAACGAAGACGACGAUGAUGAUGAAGGCGAUCAGGAAUAUGACGUCAACGAUGGCGAAGGAGAUGAUGAUUAUGAGGAUGAUUAUUACGAUGAUGAAGACGAGUUCUCCGGGUCUGGUGACGGAGCAACAACAGCCACACCUGGAAGAGAGUCCAAGCCGUCAGUUCAGCCCGAUGUGAACGACAACAAGAUCCCCGAGGUGGAGCGGCCGACGGUCAACGAGUUGGAAAUCGUGCAGGACACUAACGAGAUCCCGCUGCUGGAAAACAAGGCCGAGACCGAAGAGGAGUUACCGUCCAACGUCCUGAUGGCCCACGCCAGCGAGGACAGCAUCUUCAACAAGACCGAGGUCCUCGCAGCUUUGAUUGCGGGCGGUGCCGUUGGUCUGAUGUUCGCCGUCCUCCUCAUCCUCCUCCUCAUCUAUCGCAUGAAGAAGAAGGACGAGGGCAGCUACGAACUGGGGAAGAAACCCAUCUACAAGAAAGCCCCGACCACAGAGAUCUACGCAUAAACCCUGACCUCCACACACACACACACACACUUACAGACACACACUUGCAGACACACACACACACACACACACACUUACAGA